AUGUACUGGACGACCCUGGCCCUGACGCUGCUGGCGCAAGGCGCCGCUGCUCAGCAGAUGAUCCGUUUCGGCUGCUCUCAGCUCGUCAUCGAGCGUCUCGAUCCUCUGGUGAACCCCGGCCUGAGCCCGUCGCCGCACGUCCACCAGAUCGUGGGGGGCAACUCGUUCAACGCGAGCAUGGACCCGGCGGACGUCGACCCGGUAGCGGACUCGACGUGCACGAGCUGCACGUUCUCGGAGGACUUCUCGAACUACUGGACGGCGGUGAUGUACUUCCGGGCGCGCAACGGGACGUACCGGCGGGUGCCGCAGUUCCCCAACGUCGGGCUGCGCGCGGUGGGCGGCAUCACGGUGUACUACAUCCCGCCGUACGACGGCCGGACGACGGUGACCGCGUUCCGGCCCGGGUUCCGCAUGCUCGUAGGCGACGCCGAGCUGCGCCGCUCCGAGGGCAUGCAGCGCCAGCUGUGCCACCGCUGCUACACCACCGCCGACAACAAGGGCGUGGCCGGCGUCUCCGGCGGCGCCCCCUGCACCGGCGACGACACCCAGAGCCUGCCCCCUCAGCCCUGCCCCGGCGGCAUCCGUACUACCAUCACCUUCCCGACCUGCUGGGACGGCAAGAACCUCGACAGCCCCGACCACAAGAGCCACGUAGCCUACCCUCGAGAGGGGACUUUCGAGUCUGUAGGCGCCUGUCCGGAUACCCAUCCCGUGAGGUUGCCCCAGUUGAUGUACGAGGUUAUGUGGGAUACGACGCCCUUCAACGACCCGGAGCUGUGGCCCGAGGACGGCUCGCAGCCGUUCGUCUGGAGCACCGGCGACGAGAGCGGGUACUCGCAGCACGGCGACUACAUCUUCGGCUGGAAGGGCGACGCGCUGCAGCGCGCCCUGGACGCGCGCUGCAACAACGCCGUGUGCAGCCAGCUCCGGACCCAGUCCUCCGAGGAGGCGAUGCGGUGCACGAAGCCGCAGACCGCGGUCGAGGACGUCGACGGAUGGUUGGCGAGUAUCCCGGGCAGAGAGGCGGCCGCGUAG